AUGGAAAUGCGUGCAAGGUACCUGGAAUGGGAGAGGAUUCGGCUGGAGCAAGAGGUGGAGCAGCUCACCCUGAAGCAGGUGCAGCCCUUGCAGGUCUUAGCUAUUGCAUUGCUCCUGGUCCUUGCCUUGGUCCUAUUGUUGAUGGGGUGCAAAAGGAGCCUGAGGAGAGAAGAGUAUGAAGAAGAAAACUAUGGUGCAAAUGAAGAGGAAGUCAGAAAUGGGGAUGCACAUGAAGAAGUAGAUGUUGGAAAUGCAGAAGAAGAAGAUGAUGCAAAUCGGGAGGAAGAUGGCAAUGUACAGGAAGACGGCAAUGUUGCUGCAAAUGGAGAAGAUAAUAUUGAAAAUGAAGUUGUCAAUGAGGCUGCAAAUGCAGAAAACAAUGACCUUACAAUUGCAGUCAGAGAGAAUGAUCUUGCUGAUAAUGUUGGAAGAAUUCUACUGGAACGCAUACAGUGGCCUGUACAGGACCUGCAGAAAGGCUGUGAGUGGACAACGAAUCUCAUGGAUAAUUAUGCACUUUACUUUGGACACAUCUUAUCAAACAGCUUCUACCCAGUCCUGCAACGAGCCAUCGGGGUGGGCAGUGCCUUUGAAGGUUGGAGUCCCCGUGAGCAGGAUGUUGUGUACCAGGUGCUCAUCCCCAUGACUCCUCCCCGAGGCCACAGCUUCCACCUGGAGCUGGACUCUGCAGAGCAGAGGCACGUGAGGAACUUCCGUGUCCGCGUGCAGCUGGAGUGCACCUGCACGGAGGAGCAGGGUGAGAUCAUGCUGUGCUUCCUGCACCACCCCGAGGAGGAGCUGAGGAGGAAUCAGGAUCCCAGCCUCCUUGACACCCUGUGCACUGACUCCUACCUCGAUGUGGAGAAGACUGCCCGCUGGUUCUACCAGCUGGUGAGAGCAAUCUGGCCAGCUUUGCCUCAGUCACAAAAUUGGCAUUUAAUGCUGCUGCCUUCCAGACGCUCUUGCCAAUUCAAGGUGUCCAAUGGCAGAGAAAGCUUCAGGAUCGAGAUGCUGUUUGGGGUUCGGAGAGGUGACUCCGAUGUCUUUGUGAGCAGCCAGCCUAGAGAGGCCCAUACCCAAAGCACCACCUGGCCUGAGACUUACACUGUGGCAGAGACUGAAUUCUUCAAACACGUUGCCAAGCAGGCACCUCCUGACAGCUUGCACCUAAAAUGCCUGCAGUUCUUCACCCGUCUUCUGCUGGGCUUGGGUUUUUCCACCUACACCAUUAAGACCAUUGUCAUGCACCUGCUCAAUGUUGUGCCCGUGUCACAGUGGCGCAGAAGAGAUUUUCUGCAGCGACUGAUGGAUAUAAGCGAGAGCCUGUGGUUAUGUGUGCAAGCCAAGUGCCUCAACCACUUCAUUGUGGGUAACCAGAGGCUGCCUCAGGACAUCCGUUUGCCCCCAGAUGUUCAAAUGGGUCAGACGUACAAUCUCUUCCAUCGCCUGGCAGAAGACUCAGCUGCCCACACCCAGGCGAUAAGUGAGUAUCGGGUUCUUCGAAAGUGGUGCAAAAGAAUCCUUGUCGGUGAACAUUGA